UCCACUUCACUGACUGAAGUAGGGAUGUCUACAGUGAAGAAGAAGGGGGAGGGAGGUACCACUUUGUCACAGGCUGCUAUGUAGAUUAACCUUUCAAUUAGUUGUUAUCAGGUCCUCUCUGUCUCAGCGCGAGCCUUCAGCGAAUCGUUUAGAGAUUAAAAAUACAAGGAAACCCCCAUAUGGAUGUGCCGCUGUGAGUGUGAUUAUGUAUAUCCGAUCGUCGUUUCAGUCAUCGUGUUAAUAAAGAAGAGGACUGUAUCCGAUAAAGAAAACUUGAAGAGUUAUCAUUUGGAUAUUGAAGGAACUUACGUCAUUCGAAGGAAUCGUGUUCCAGGUCGGUCGGUAACUGUCCCAACCUUCGAGGAAUUUACUAUCUAGCUACUUUCAUCUUAUUUUGUGAGGUUACAUGUGAGCUUCUACCUUGGAUGAGGAUUUACAGCAGGAAUGUAUUGAUGCCGAGGUGGAACAUUACUUUUUGACCUUCAAGAUGUGUUGGAUGUAUCAAAUGCUUCACAACAACAAGGGAUAUUCUCUAUGGAUCACUUUUUCCUAAAUCUCAUUGUUUAACCAUGGUGGAACUUGCUAACCCUCUGUAUACGGAGUGGAUUCUAGAAGCAAUACAGAAAAUUAAAAGGCAAAAACAGAGGCCUUCCGAGGAGCGGAUUUGUCAUGCGGUGGCUACCUUACACAGAUUGGACAAGAGGACCGUUCUGGAGCAGUUGGAGUUAAGUGUUCACGAUGGUUCCAUUCUCAAAGUCACCAAUAAGGGGAGCGUGUCGUACAAAGACCCUGAGCACCCUGGGAGAGGAGUAUCUUCAUCAACAACAUCGCUCAAACCUGUUAGUGCAAACCUCUCUGUCCCAUUGUCUAAAGGAUCUAUAUGGAAUCCCAGUGAACUUCGCCACGUUGACUGGAAUAAAAUUCUGAGGAGGGCCAUCGAGGGUCUGGAUGAUAACCACGGUUCCUCUCUGAAGAACAUCCAGAGGUACCUAAGGAACCAGGAUGAUCUAUCACACGUCUUGGACAACCCAGGGUUUCAGCAGAGGUUACGACUGUCCGCCAAACGGGCAGUCAACAACGGCCGGCUGCAGAAGAACGGCCCACUCUACAGGUUAAACCAGGAGGGUAGUGGAGUGGAGGGGAGGAACCAGAGGUGUCCAGGUGCUUCCCCAUUGGCUCUUCAGUGUGUCACUCUUCUUCCACAUGAGAGCGACCAGCUACGUGCUGACCCCAUCCCAAUAUGCAGUUUCUGUUUGGGAACGAAAGAGUCCAAUCGGGACAAGAGGCCAGAGCAGCUUCUCUCCUGUGCAGACUGUGGGAGCAGCGGGCACCCAUCUUGUCUGAAGUUCUCCCCAGAGCUGACCACAAAUGUGAAGAGAUUGCGAUGGCAAUGUAUAGAAUGUAAAACCUGUAGCUCCUGUCGAAUACAGGGCAAAAACGCUAGUGAAAUGACAGAAGGUGUAACAUCUAUGCAACAACAGGGAAGCCACCACACAGCCCCACACAUGCCUCCUGUCUCCUUGCAGGACGAGAUGCUGUUCUGUGACUCUUGUGAUCGGGGGUUUCACAUGGAGUGCUGCAACCCACCACUCUCAAGGAUGCCAAAAGGUACCUGGGUCUGCCAGGUCUGCAGGCCCAAGGAAAAUGGAAAGAAACUGCUCCAUAAGAAAGCCGAUGAGAUCAAACGUCGAUAUGCAAAGCCAAUCGGGAGGCCCAGAAAUAAGCUCAAACAUAGAAUGUCUGUAAGCAGUGGUGACGGCUCCAUGCUAGCCCGGGGAGGAAGGGGGUCACCUGGUAGGGGUCAAAAGCUUACCGUCUGUUCCACACCUUCAUCUGGUCAUGCAGCAUCUGUGAAGGACGCCACAGACUUAUUGGCUGUUGCUACAUCAAACCCCUGUUGGGCCGGUGACGCUGUCACCUUCACCACCCAAUUCACCACCUCUUCCACCCCCUCCACCACCCCCCCCCUCACGCCCACCUCGUCCUCCUCCACCCCAGCAGUUACACUCACUGUUAACAAGAAAACCAAAGGGCUUAUCGAUGGGCUUUCCAAAUUCUUUACCCCCUCGCCUGUCGGCCGCAGGUCGUCGCGAGCCGGCGAAAUCUUAGACCCCUCUGCCCUGAAAGGGUCACAGUCUUGUUGUCCUGCUAGGAAAAAGCCUGGCACUCCGCCGAAACUAUGGAAACUCAGUCCGUCUCAGUCAGUCGUUGGCUUAGCUGCAAAGUCUGAUACAACUCCAAGUCAAAAGCUAACCACCACCACCAUUUCUUUCUGUACACUCCCUCCCCCCCACCCACCCACGUCACUUGGACAUAGCCCUACCACCUCCCUGGUCUCCUCCAGCUCCACCUCCGCUAACUCCCCCCAGAGUUCUUCCAGCCAGUCUAGCGUCCCCUCCAUCAGCAGUCUCUCUAAUCACAACCAACUUAAGGGACUCUUUGACGGACUCUCCCAUAUCUAUGCCACUCAGGGACAAUCUCGGAAAAAGGGACUGCCUUGCUACGCACCACCUAAGCGCAGACACCGUAAGCAGGACUUAGGGUCCAGUGCCACCGCGUCCAAAACAUAUCCUCUCAUUCCACAUCCUCCCCAACAGCGCCUCGGAAAGAAAGAGAUGACAAAGAAUAGGUUGUUGUUGUCGUCCCACUCCUCCCAUCCCAGGCCCGGCCGGCCCAGGGGGCGCCCCUUUAAGGUGGUCAGUCACUUCAGACGUAACCCCUUUUUAAAAAAGCACAGGACGCUAGGCAGGCUAAGAUGUAGAGUGACCCCUCAGAAGGGACCCCAGGAAACACCAGGAAAGGGAGACAUGACAGACGAAGGAAGAAUUAAGGCAGAGCACGACCAUGGCUGUGAAGGUGAAUUGAGGGUGAAGCAGGAACCUGGCUUCGUAGCGGUCUCCAGGGAACAUGUCACAGAGGAAGACGUGGAGAUAUUCACACAGGUCCAAGAGCUCUCGUCGCAGAGAAAUGGAACCAUGACUAUCACUAACUCUGGACGAUACCCGGCCGUCAUUGAGUUUGGGAAGUAUGAAAUCCAAACCUGGCACUCAUCGCCUUACCCACCGGAGUACUCAAGAUUGCAAAAGCUUUACCUGUGUGAGUUCUGUCUGAAGUACAUGAGAUGCAAGAACAUCCUCCAGCGACACGCCAAGAAGUGUGGCUGGUUUCAACCUCCAGCCAAUGAGAUUUACAGGAAGGAUGACCUUUCAGUGUUCGAGGUUGAUGGAAAUGUUAGCAAGCUCUUCUGCCAAAACCUCUGCCUGUUAGCCAAGCUGUUCCUGGAUCACAAGACCCUAUAUUACGACGUGGAGCCUUUCCUUUUUUACAUACUAACAAAGAACGACGAGAAAGGCUGUCACCUUGUGGGUUAUUUCUCCAAGGAAAAACUUUGCCAGCAGAAAUACAAUGUCUCCUGUAUAAUGAUCAUGCCUCAGUACCAAAGGCAAGGCUUUGGAAGGUUCCUCAUUGAUUUCAGUUACCUUCUGACAAGGCAGGAAGGACAAGCUGGCUCCCCAGAGAAGCCUCUGUCAGAUCUGGGUCGCUUAUCCUACCUGGCAUAUUGGAAAAGUGUCAUGGUGGAGUACCUCUAUAAGCAGCCAGAUAAACACAUCAGCGUUAAAGGAAUAAGCAGGGCCACUGGGAUGUGUCCGCAUGAUAUCGCCGCUACUCUCCAGCAUCUCUGCAUGAUUGACAGGCAGGACGGCAGGUUUGUGGUGAUCCGAAGAGAGCGGUUGAUCCAGAGGCACAUGGAGAAGCUGCGAGCCAGCCCCAGGCUGAACCAGGUGGACCCUGACGCACUGCACUGGACCCCCAGCCCCAGGCUCAACCAGGUGGACCCUGACACACUGCACUGGACCCCCAGCCCCAGGCUGAACCAGGUGGACCCUGACGCACUGCACUGGACCCCCAGCCCCAGGCUGAACCAGGUGGACCCUGACGCACUGCACUGGACCCCCGCAGUGGCCCUCAACGCUGUCCUGUCUGAGGAGGAGAGAGAGGUCGAGAUGGAUGCUGAGCGACUGAAGGAGCAGGCUGGUUGGGAGAAUGAAGAGAGAGCGGUGUCCUAUCUGAUGACUAGCAUACAUCACCCUCGUCCUCCCACUAAGGUCUACAGUAAGAACCCCUUCAGAACAUAUGAGCGUCGCCCCACAACCGCUGGAGACCAAAGACUGCACGCCUCUGAGGAAUGUAGUGAUGACGAAGAUGAGGAUGAUUCUGAUGGAUCUCCUCCCAUCCUAACGAAAGCCCAUGCUAUGUUUGGUGUCAAGAGAAAGAGAGAGAGAGAGAGAGCUGAGAGAGCUGUCAUGCUCAAGAAGAGAGGUCGCAAGAGAAGAAGGAUUAAUAGCAGUGUGACGACAGAGACCAUCUCUGAGACGACGGAGGUUCUGAACGAACCGUUUGACAACUCUGAGGACGAGAGGCCCAUGCCCCUGCUGGAGAGGACCUGCAGGGUGGGCGAGAUGGAGGAGGAGGGGCUGAGGAAACCAGUGAAGAGACGCAGAGGUCGUCCGCGGCUGGAGAAAACCACGGAUAGAGACAAUCGUGAACACUGGAAUGAAGUAGCCAGUGUCCUGUCAAAGAAACCGGGCAGGCCUCGAGCGGUUAAGCGCAAGAAGGGCUGGCCCAAAGGAGUGAAAAGGGGGCCUCCAAAAUGGCGUCUGAAGAAGGAGAGGAAGAUGGGCUUCAAGCUGAACCUCUACACUCCCCCCGAGACGCCCCUGGAGGCCGAGGAACCCCACAUACAGGCCGAGGAGCCCAAGGAGGAGCCGGAGGACCAGGACAAGGCCUCGACCAUCACGGAGGAGGAGUCAGAGCCCGGCAGAGACCUGGUCAGUCGUGACACAGUUAUGGACAAGCAGCUGCCCUCAGAGCCCUACAUUCCCAUGGAGGAAGAGAGUCCUAGUAAACUGAGCUCCCCUGGGGUAUCUCCUGUGGUUUCUCCCAUGGCCUCUUCUCCAGUAGCCUCCCCUAUGGCCUCUAGAGCUAGCUCCCCUGUCUUCUCUCCUGUUGGCUCCGCUAUGCGUUCUCCCGUCAGAUCCCCCAUCCGUGACGAGCCACCGGAGGAGGACCCACAAGCCAGUGAGCACGGGGACUCUCAAGCUCCUUCUCCAUCCAAACAGCUGGACCACAGCACUGAAAGAUCAGCCGAGGAUGAUGAAGACGAAGAGGCCACUCACCUGGACGCUGACGAUGAAGACGAGAGUCGCAUGGAGUCGACAGCAGAGCCAGAGAAAGAGGAGCGGAGGCAAGAGCCAGAGCCUUGUCAGGAGCCUCCUGAAGCGGAGUCCUGCACCACCCUGACUUUUUUACAUCCAAAUGACAACAAUAAGGAUUCUGAACGACGUCAGGAGGGGUCUGAAGGGAUGGCCUAUAGGCGUGAGGAGGAGCGGCCGGCCAACACUGGAGAUGAGAGAAGAGAUGGUAUCCAGGAACAGGCACCAACCACAGUAGCAGCAGUAGACUCUGACCACCCCGUUGACUCCGAGUCAGAGGAGAGUAGCAGUCAGGAGGCUCGACGCCAGCCCCAGCAGACAGAAAGGGAUAGAGAGCGGCUUGCAGCUCUGAGUCCUUCUGCUGUGCUGAGAGACCGAGAGGAGGAUCGAGAGGAGGACCGAGAGACGGCCCAGGCUGUGCAGAGCCUCACCCAGGAGACAGAGCGCGACACAGAGACACUGCAGGACAACUCCAGCUCGGUGUUCCACCAGGAGGCGAGCCACAGCCUGCAGACCCACCCUAUGGUCCCCCAUAGCCCCCCUCACACCCUAACCUCGCUGGACGAAGGCUGCCCCCAGUCGGACCACAGCAGCCCCCUGUCCUCGGCCCACUCCCACCCCAGCCAGUCGGUGCGCUCUGUCAGCAGCCCAGCAUUGUCCAUCCUGGAGAGUAGCAGAGGCAGCAGCAGUGGAGGAAGUGGCGCGGGAGGAGGUUACACCCAGAUCAGCCCUGACCACGGCUCCAGCGGCGGAGCCUCCAUCUCAGUCCCCUCCUCCCUUCACAACAUGGAGACCAGCCCCAUGAUGGACGUGCCGUCUGUGUCGGACCACUCAUCCCAGCAGGUGGUGGACAGCGGCUUCAGCGACCUGGGCUCCAUCGAGAGCACCACAGAGAACUAUGAGAACCCCAGCUCUUACGACUCCACACUGGGGGGCAGCAUCUGUGGCGGUGCCGGGGGUCCGGGCGGACCUGGGGGCCCCCCUCAGAACAGCUGUUCCUACGGCCCCCUCCCCCCCAGUGGCCUGGUGCAGAGCAGCUGUGCCGUCAGCCAGCAAAUGGGGGGUGUAAACCCUGGAAGCUGUGGCAUGAUUCAGCAGAAUAGCCUGAGCUCCCCGCAGCACUGCAACGUCAAGUCACCACAGGGCUGUGUGGUGUUGGUGGAGAGACCACCGAGUAAUGGUCAGCACAGUCAACACAGCCAGCACAGUCACAGUCAAACAAUCAUACACAAUCCCCAUGGCCAUACUAGGCACACUAUCACUCCACACAAUCAGCAUCCGCACCAUAAUCAGCCUCACAGCGCUCCACACAAUCAACACAGCCAGAUAACGCAACACAACCCACACACACACCCUGCACACAGUCAGCCACAUGGUGUACAUCACAAUCAACACAGCCUUCACAGUCAACACAGCCUUCACAAUCAACACGGUCAACACAGCCUUCACAAUCAACACGGUCAACACAGCCUUCACAAUCAACACAGCCUUCACAAUCAACACAGCCACAGUCAGCAACAGGCUAUGACACAGUGUGGCAUGCCUACCAACUUCACGGCGCCCAUUCAGCUAGCUGACAUCCCUGAGUCAGGCAACCCCAACCUGAGCAGCAUCUAUGAGAGGAUGAACCAGGAGGGCUAUGGCAGCGGUCAUUACUCCCAGCCCUCGGCCACCUUCAGCCUGGCCAAACUGCAGCAGCUGACCAACACCCUCAUAGACCACCCUCACUCUCUGCCUUUUAACCACUCUGCCUCCCACGCCCACCCUAUCACAUCCUAUGCAAACAGUACCUCCCUGUCAUCACACUCGCAGCACUCUGGCCUGGUGUCUCUGUCCCAGUCCCCCCACCCCGGCCACCCUCGCCCCCAUGGGGUCUCUCCUCACCCCGUUGGCCCCCAGGUCCAGGUGCAGGCCACCAUGACCCCCCCUCUGACCUCCUCCCACCCCCUCAGCUCCCCACAGAUGAUGCUGCAGCGCAACACCAUGGGCAUCCCCAACAUCCCUACCUCCCAGUGGACUCUACAGGCUCAGAUGGCCCCCGGGGGACACAAGGGCCCCACACACAUUGCCAUGCGCUCCAAGUCAGCGGCCUCUGGUCUCUCCUCCCACCCCCACCACCAGCAGCAGAUGUACAGCCACACCCGUGGGCCCCCCCAGACAGUCACCAUGCAGGCCCCCUCAUCCCGGACGCUGGCAGCCAUGCCAAGGGGCAUGAACAUGGGCACGGUCAACAUCAUGCCGGCCCCUGGCAAUCCCUACAACCAUGCUGUUAGUGUCAACUCCAUGAACAUGCCCUCUGCCUCCAUCAACCACACCAUGAACGGCUACCACGUCACAACCCAGGGGCCAACCAUGAUGGCGGCCAACGGUGGUUACCACAGCAACCAGAUGUCAGGCCACCAGAUGACGGCGGCCUACAUGAACCAGUCGCCCGGGGCCCAGUACGCCUCUAUGCAGAUGGGCAUGAUGGGAACACAGCCAUACCCCCAGCAACCCAUGCAGGCUCCGCCGCACAGCAACAUGUACUCUUCAGCUGGUCAGCACGGAUACAUGACCAACACCGGACCCAUGUCCAAGCAGACACUCAAAGGGCCUUUCAUCAGACGGUAACCCAUGGUUACUAACCUAACGGUUAACGAAACCGUAGCUAAUCACAAACAAACUGAAUCAAUCUGACUGGAUGUUUAAAUCACACAAAUGUGCAUUAUUAUUACUAUGAGUCCUAGAUGCACAAAUUUGGCCUUUUUUUGUUUGUUGAUAAUGUUUGUUUCUUUGUUUUCAUUUUGUUUAUAGUUACUUAAAAACCAGCACUUGGAAAGAAUGCAAAAAGUUUCAUCAACAAGCAAACUUUUUACAACAAGCUACUAUCUAUGUCAAAGUAUUUUUGUUCCUAACAGAUUUGUGUUCUUUUAGGUUCUAAGCCUUACGUCAUGAAGAUAAAAAUGUAUUUAAUUAGUAUUAGUCUCCCUGGUCACUCCUUAGGGUAGAGGGGGGAGGAGACUGGGAAGAGACUUCAUCACCGGGAGUGAGUGUAGUUAUGUAGCAGCCUCAAACUAAGCCAUCUAAUGUGCCUGCUACAAACAGACUUAAACAAGUGGAUAUUCCUAGAACCUGUUCAGUGUACCUGUCUAACAGUGCUGACGAUUAGUUUGUACUAUACUCAUGCCUUUGUAUAUUUAAAUUAUUGUACUUAUUUUGUAAAGCAUGCUUCGGUCUCCUGUCUCCGUUAGUAACAGUGCAUUGAGUAGUACUGUACAAGUGUUGUGCUUAAUAGCAAGCCAUUCUAAAUAUAUUUUGGCCUUUAUUAGGUUCCCCCUCUCACAGGGCGGGGGAGAAGAUGAAACUAUAUUUUGUUAAUUCUAAUAAUGUAAAAAAAAAAGUGUAAACUUCUUUAGUCCCGUUCUUCUGUAUGUUUGAGAGGUUUCAUUGCUAUGUAUGUAUAAUUCUGAAGUCUUUUGGAACAGAUGUCCUACCUUGAGGCAGCUUUCUGUUUUAUAACACAGAAGACUGAUUUCUGUCAAGAUAACUAAGCAUAUCUUAGUGUUUGUACCCUGACUCUGAUUCUAAAACAUUUCAAAGAGGUGUACAAAUGUCGAGAAAUGUGGCGGAAUUUUAAAAAAACAACUAAAUGAUUGAUGAUUAUUAUUAAUAAUAAAGAAAUAUACAUUUA